AGUCUAAAUUCCCAUUGGCCAGAUGAAGGUUGAUGACAGCGCUCCUGGUUUUAUCCUCAGUUGACCCUGGUGCUCGAGCUGGAAGGGCGGUGUCUGUUUCUCUGGAUAAACAAACAUAGAAGUUGCUAAUAAGUCUAUCAAAUGUUCAGAAGUGACAGCUCACAAUGAAGACCUGGCUUGUUCUGCUCCUCCUGGGACUCAUGGUACAAGACGCCGCAGCAAUGACUCACUCUCUGAAGUAUUUCUACACUGCGUCUUCUGGAGUCCCAAACUUCCCAGAGUUUGUGGCUGUUGGAUUGGUUGAUGACGUUGAGAUUGUUUACUAUGACAGUAACACCAAGAGAGCAGAACCCAAACAGGACUGGAUGAGCAGAGUCACAGAAGAUGAUCCUCAGUACUGGCAGAGGGAGACUGAGAACUUGGUUGGUCAACAGCAGCUCUUCAAAUCCACCAUUGAAAUUUUAAAGCAGCGCUUCAACCAAAUUGGAGAUGUUCACGUUUACCAGAGGAUGUUCGGCUGUGAGUGGGAUGAUGAGACUGGAGAGGUCAGUGGUUAUGAUCAGUAUGGUUAUGAUGGAGAAGACUUCAUAGCAUUUGACCUGAAGACAGAGACACACAUCGCUCCAAAACAACAGGCUGUCAUCACCAAACACAGGUGGGACAAUGACAGAGCUUUCAUAGCUCAGAGAAAACACUUCCUGACCCAGGAGUGUCCUGAGUGGCUGAAGAAGUAUGUGAACUAUGGGAGGAGCUCUCUGCUGAGAACAGAUCUUCCCUCAGUGUCUCUCCUCCAGAAGUCUCCCUCCUCUCCAGUCAGCUGCCACGCUACAGGUUUCUACCCUGACAGAGCCAUGAUGUUCUGGAGGAAAGAUGGAGAGGAGCUUCAUGAGGACGUGGACCUCGGAGAGAUCCUCCCCAACCACGAUGGAUCCUUCCAGAUGAGUGUUGACCUGGACCUUUCAUCAGUCCCAGCUGAAGACUGGAGGAGGUACGACUGUGUGUUUCAGCUCUCUGGUAUGAAGGACGACAUCUUUACCAAACUGGACAAAGCAGUGAUCAGGACCAACAGAGAGAAUCCUGACGUGAACACUGACAUGACCAUCCCCAUCAUUGCUGCAGUGGUUGUUCUGGCUCUCGUCCUCCUCGCUGUGAUCGGAGUCCUAGUUUACAGAAAGAAGAAAGCUGAAAAGACUCACUACAAACCAGCAAACCACAGCAACGUGCCACUGAACGGGUCAGACUCUUCUUCAGGUAGCUCUCCUAAUGGUUCUAAUGAAGUUGUAAACAGCAGCACACCAUUGAACACAGGUGGACAGGUACGGUGUGAAGAGGAGGGUGAAGAAAUUGGCAACAUUAAACGUUAUUUACAAAGUUUUUACACAAUCUGUAAUCCAAACAAUAGGGCCACCUCACCACCAACAUGGAUUGAAUAUCACUUAUAUUUAUGGGGUCAGGAAGCUGCAUUACAAUGAGGCUUUAAAGCUGCACUAAUCAAUAUUUGUUUAUGAAAAAAUUAUUAACUGACAUAUCUGUUAUCUGAUAUCUGUAAUAUGAAAGGUAACACUUGCAGUGACGAUCCCACUGAGAAUUAUGAUUAUAUUAUCAAUGAAACCCAUCUCCAUACAUCCACUCCUAGGGUGUGGCAGAGAUAUGAUGAUAUCAACCUUGAGAUAACAGAUAUU